AAAAGUAAAAACAGGUUGAGUUUCGAUGUGCUGUCUGAGAAUGUGUGUGUAUCAAAACUCUUUGUCAAGUAUGAUAGUCGUUAGUGAUUCAAGAAAUUGAUCACUUACAAUAUUUGAGGAUAGGCAGUUGCCCGAAAACUGGGGAAUAAGUAUUAGAUGUUUCCUUGAAUCAAUAACAGCAGUUAAAAUGCCUGAACGAUUGUCUGUCAAGAUGUGAUGUAACCCCCGAAAUUAUAUACAAUUACGGAACAUCAGCGGCUGUGUUUAGUAAGGUUAAGGUGAUUCGGUAAUAAACAAAACAAAUAAUCAAGAGUAUAAAUUAGUGAAUAAAGCAGGUGUGAUAAUCAUGACAGAAAAGACUCGGAACAAUAUAACAAGAUUUCAUCCUAGUCAUGGUGAGAAUAUAAUACUCUACGACGACAACACCGUUGCCUAUCGAAAAGCUAGUUUUGCCAACGCCCUGACGUUCAGCGAGAAGCCACUAUUACCUCGGGAAAUAUUUUUACUCGAAAUCGAAAAGGACGAAAGAGGAUGGAGCGGGCAUAUGAGGCUGGGUCUGACACAGAUGGAUCCCACCGCCAUGGACAGAGGUGGUUUACCGCAGUACGCUCUACCUGAUCUAGCUAAUAUGGGGGCAAGCUGGAUAUUCGCCAUUACCAAAAGCCAUAACAAUAUUCGGGACAAUCUUAAUCCCAGCGAAAGAAAGUCUUCACCUGAACAAAAGUUAAUCACGGAUGGUGUGAACGUGCAGACAUCGCGAGGAAUUAUUCCAUUCAUUGCUCUAAGACCGUCGGCUAUUGAUUCGUCUCAAAACAUACUUCCAACAGACACUGGAAGUCGAAUAGGAAUUAUGUACGUGCCACAAAUUGGGUCAGAUAAAGCAGAGAUGCAUUUUAUAAUCAACGGAGAGGAUCAAGGCGCAUGUGGCAAAGAUAUUCCGUAUAAAAUGGGACCCCUACAUGCUGUCGUCGAUGUUUACGGGACCACAAAGCAAGUUAGAAUAGUCCAACUUUAUGGAGUGUCGACAUUACAGAGUGCCUGCCGAGACGCAAUCAUGCAGUAUACAAAAAGAACAGCUGUCGACUCAUUGCCAUUGCCAAGAAUGUUGAAGGACUACCUUUUGUACCAAUCGCAAUAAGAUACAUAGUGCAAAAUUGUAGGCCCAAAGAAUUUACGCUAAAUCAUUUGCGCUUAUCAAAUCCACACAUCAUAAAAAUUAAUAGAUUCUUUAUUUUCUAUUCUUUCAAUGGGCCAUUUCCAAUCUGGCUAACGUGACAAUUACCAAUUAUGUUCAAUUGUUUGUAUUUAAUUAAUUCUAGGGCGCAUCGUAAACAGGUUGUUUUCGUACAUUUCGGAAAUAAGAGGUAACAAUUUUUCCGUUGAAAAAGGAAAGAUAGAAACGAAGAAAAUGCUUAUCAAUUCUAAAUUAGUGUUCAUUCAUGCUUUAAUUUUUCGAACAUGCACUCAAAGUCGGGAGUUGAAUGCAUUGAUGAACGUUGCUGUUUGGUCAAAUUUACUGUCAUAUUUUUUUUUUGUAUGUUUUGAAAGGACUGUCGUAUGGUGCGCAUUUUAAUCUCCUGUAACACGAUCAUGACUCAAGUUUCAUACAAGGUUUCCGAACAGAGUAUUUAUUAUCUUAAUAUAUGAAGAAAAGAGAGAGAGAAAAAGAGAAUUGAAAAAACAUAAAUAAAUUAAAUGAGUGUCUGUGAUUCCUGAGAAAAGAAUAACAAUUUGUAAAACUAUUAAGUGCUUAGUAAAUAUGAAGAAGAAAAAACAAAUUCGUAAUUAACCACGCCGAAUGUUGAGUGCGAUUUUUUACAUUACGGUAUAUGAAUUAUUGCAUAAACUUUCCACGUUUUGAAAUAUUAAUGAUUAUUGAGUUACUGAAGAAAAAAAAUACCGACUUUUCUGAUGUUUUGCGAAUAAUUCGGUUUGUGUAUAUAGGGUAAUAAAAAUAUUGUUUAGUUAAAGGGAAAGAAUCCUGUGUAUAAAAAAAAACUAAGAAAUACGUUAUCAACUCGAACACGUUACACAAGUAAACGUACAGAAAAUCCAUGAAACU